AUGACUGCUACCGUCCACAACAACAUCAGCGACACUGACGUCCGCGAUGAGAAAGCAGAGGUCGCAGAAUGUGUCGAAAACGCCGUCAAUCCCCAUGGCCACAUUCCCGCCACCGAAAUCCAGGCGCGAUUUCCUCUUUUGAGGGAUCUCUCUGAGACGCAGAUGUCUGCGCUUAACAAGAGUGUUCUCAAGAAGGUUGAUUGGCAUAUGAUGCCUUGUGUCACCCUCAUGUUCCUCAUGAACUACCUCGAUCGCAUCAAUGUCUCCAACGCUCGUCUCGCUGGUCUCCAGGAAGAUCUCGGCAUGUCCGACACUAUCUGGAACACCGGUAUCUCUACUUUCUACGUCGGUUAUCUCAUCGGUCAACUCCCCGGUAAUCUCAUCAUGGCCAAGACAAACCCCAAGAUCUUCCUCCCCACCGUCAUGCUCAUGUGGAGCGCCGGAACCAUCUGCAUGCCCGCCAUGACCAACGGUGCUGGAUUCUGUACUGUUCGCUUCUUCAUCGGUUUGAUGGAAGCGCCUUUCUUCCCUGGUCUGACCCUCAUGACAUCUUCUUGGUAUACUAAGGAAGAAAGCCCUUUUCGCAUGGCUAUCUGGCACGCUGGUAACACUAUCUCGAACAUCAUCUCUGGUUUCUUGGCUGCUGGUAUUUUGGAGCAUAUGGAUGGCGUCGCUGGCAUGAAGGCUUGGCAGUGGUUCUUCCUCAUCGAGGGUAUCGUCUCUGUCAUGGUCGCUGUUGUCGCCUUCUUCGUUCUUCCUUCUUGGCCCGAUGACACCAAGUUCCUCACAGAGCAAGAACGUGAGAUGGCUCAGUACCGAAUCUUGGUGUCCAACGGUGGUGUCGAGGAGAAGGUUGGUGGAACAUGGGAUGGUGUCAAGGAAGCUGUUCGCGAUCCCUUCACCUGGUACUUCUGUCUCAUGCACUUUGCUCUCGUCACUGCUCAGAGCUUCAAGGAUUUUCUUCCUUCUAUCAUGAACACUUUCGGCUUCAACAAGAUGACCACCUACCUCAUCCAGGCUCCUCCUUACGCUCUUGCGUACAUCGCUGCCUGUCUCAUCGCUUGGUCUUGCGGUCACUUUAUGGAAUCGACAUACCACGUUGUCAUCCCCAUCAUUCUCUCCGCUGCAGGUUGUGGUAUCCUCAUCGGCACGAUAAACGUGGCAGCACGCUACAUCGGUAUCAUUCUUCUUGUCUGCGGUACCUACAACGGUCUCAACUUGCAACUGUCUUGGGAAACCACCGUUGUCCCUGCCCCCCGUGCCAAGAAGGCUGCUCUUAUCGCCAUCGCCAACUGUAUCAGCCAAGUGAGCCAUUGGUUCAGUCCCUACUUCUACCCCCGAAGCCAGGAGCCUUUCUACCGCAUGGCUGGUGGACUCUUGCUUCUUGGAUGUGCUUUGACUGUUCUUUCUGCUUUCCUUGUUCGAUGGAGGGCUAUCAAGCUUAACAAGAAGCUUGAUGAGCAGGAGGGCUGGACUGAGAACUCUGGUGUUGAGCGUGGCUGGCGUUACAAGUACUAG